GACAACACUGAUUUCGGGAUGAUCCGCUAGACAAACACAAACUCCUUUUGUGAGUCUCCUUGAGAUACCGAGGAGGGUUUUACUGGGCCCUCCCUACGCAUAGCUCCUCUGUAGUGACUCUUUCGCAUUAUUUGUUUGCUUCGGCAAAGUAGUACAGCGUUUACUAGAAUAUCCUGUCAUGUCGUUCAUACCGUUCCACGCAGUUAGAAUUUCGAUGUAAGAAGUCAGCGGGAUGAAGUCCAACUGAGACACAUAUCUUAUGCCGUAUGUUGACAUUAAGAGCGGAGACUGAUACCUCAUUGCAGCGACAACUUCACAUUUUUGGAGAUAUUAACAUCUUGCAUCUCUUAGCAUCCACGAAUUAAGGGCAUCUAUUCCUACCGCCAUGAUCUGAUCAACCACAGAGCAAGGACCAACCGACCAACUUGACAGGAGGAACAAGAAACAUUUAACAAAUGUUGUGAAGUACUAUUUGUCAAUAUUGGAACCAAGUUGACUAGCCUCUUAAUUGGAUAAUUUGGCGAGGCCGGUCGUAAACUGUCGCAGAGCGCCCAACUAAAUAAACACAACUAAGUGAGACAUCAAAAAGAAGCCAACUUCAGUUGUCACUCUUCAAACGUCCACCAGCGGGUCUUCCAUGACAUCUUUUGUUGAAAUACUUCAUCGGCUGAAGAAUUCCUCAGAGCCCCUCGGGCUGGUAUUUUUUUUGCUCUUUUAGGAGCUCCUUGAUAAGCAACUCUUUCUUGAAGAACUUUAUGUGUUUGUAAACUUUGUAUAAGUCGUUGUUAGGAACAGCUUGUUUGUUGUAACAAAAAGGAGGUGACUUCAUGCAUGGUCAAGACGCAGGAAUUAAUUUUCUCUCUCUCUUCAAACAACCAGCUUCAAAAAGUCAGAAAAGUAAAACUGAAACCACCCACAUUCACCAAAGGUCAUUUGUGCAGACUUGUCUUGAUUUACAUGCAUGUAAAAAGGUGUUCAUUUAAUCAUUUUUAACUUCCGAGUGAACAAUAUUCAAGGAAAACUUGAUAUGCACACGGGCCAGAAGUAAUCGACCUCGCGAGGAGUGACUUUCAGGUGGAGAAGUCGGUUACCAAGUUACGGUCACUAAACCCCAACCGGGUAACUCGAGUCAGCAAUCGUUGAUCAAGUCUACAAGCUCCCCGUGUAUACUCCGACAUUUUCUCCAUCGUUUGAGAGAAAAUCUUGUUUAUUUGUUGGACAGGACAGAAGUUGACUUUGCUUUGUAGGCCUAUACCUGACUAAUCAAUGACAAGGCUGUUCUCGGGAAACUUGAGAGACUUUUGUGCAGUCUGAUACUCUGUUUACAUGAACUCAGGCGGAAAACCAUUCUCUCUCACAUGGCAGAUUGAUAAUACUCAAGAAAUUAGAAUUCGCAGAUGAACAAUCUCCUUGCAAGUUCUCGGGUUUUCCUGUAUCACCACAUCAUCACAGCUGCAGGAUUAUCUGGAUCCACAUAAAAGAUUAAACAGGCUAAAUUUGAACCACAUACAGGAUUUUGCAGUUAUAUUCUGUAACUGUACAAGGAUUAAUCUAAACCAUCUCUAACUUUGAAAAAGAAAGUUUGUAUUUCUGAAGAUGUCACGAGCUCGGGACCGUCGAGGUGCGCUCGUGCGCACCCCAACAACCCAGAACCUCCCCGGCUCCUUCACCUCAGGACAGGCCCAGGGCACAGCCUACCACCGCGACGUCACCUACCCAACCCUCCCGAUCACCCUGGACGAGAUCUACGACCGUGCGGCCAAGUACACCGACAAAUUGUUAGCACGACCGGUGUUUUAUGUGGACACCGAGGAUGGGGAGGAAGCCGCACCGGCCGGUCUGCCAUUACCACCGCCUGGGGCUGCCCGUGCCCGCGGCCGCUCACAAUUGUCCGAGAAACGGAUGUCUCUGGCGACCUCUCCGUUCCCCGGUGGUUCGCAGACCGAAGACAGCAUCAAGAGGCCCGGGUAUGACCGCCGUCGAGCAGUGGGCUUACCGGGGGCUGGUUAUGACGGGGCCCGGCGGCUUUCUGGCCCGGGGUCUGAGAGGGGUUUUGUCCCGCCUGGCGGCCACGAGGGUCGUAAGAGCGGGCUCAGCAUUUCAAAUGUACCGCCAUCGAUCGCUGAAGACGAAGCUGCAUCCAUCGCUGCCAGUGUGGUCGGCUCGCAGGAAGGCAGGAAACAAAAGCUAGUCAUCUGGCCGGAAUGGAACGAUACAGACGUAAACGCAGAAAAAUGGGAUGCACCACACAAAGGCAAAGAGAAGGAGAAAGGGAAGAGCCCAAGCAGCAUGCAACAUUUCUUUGAUGACCCCGAGGGGCGUAUCGAGAUGCCGCCCUCCCUCAGGACGAGGAUUGACCACGUUGAGCGGCCCCAGGACUUCAUCACGGACAAGCUGCCGGUCAUCUUUGACCCUGACAACGGCAUGGACUUUGACCUUCUCAGUGCUAACUCACACAUCAAUGAUUGUGAGACGAUGCGUUGGAUCAUCAGCCAGAUCACCAACCUCUGGCGUGUCUCCGUCGCCGACCGUAACGAGCCUGAGACAUCGACCACGUCGGUCAUCGGGGGCGUGGCCCGCAACUGGCGCCCGUGGGACCACAUCUUUGCCCUGUGUCGGGUGGGGAAGGGACCCCACCAGCCCCAGUAUAACCCCCACGGCAAAUACAUCGUCCGACUCUAUUGGAUGGGUUGUUGGCGUAAAGUGACUAUUGACGACACGGUGCCGUUUGACGACAACGGCAACAUGCUGCUCCCAGCCACCACGCUGCAGCAUGAGCUGUGGCCCAUGCUGCUCAGUAAAGCACUCAUCAAAGUCAUAUCACUGGAUUAUGCUUCUGGUAACAGUAGCUGUGAGUUUGGUGAUGUGAGCGUGAUCCACGCACUGACAGGCUGGUUGCCAGAGACCAUACCACUGCAGGCACUUUACGGACAGAUGAAACACGCUCUGCCGACAAAGGCAGGAGGGUUGGAAGGAACAAACCCAUGUGGAACGUUCUGUGACACAAUCGGCAACAAUCUGAGGCCGAAAGAAUUUCCUUGGAAGAAAGAACAAGCUGGCGAAGGAGGGUACGGUCAUCUAGACAAAGUCUGGCAUCUCUUGAAACAAAUCCUGCCAGAAUUCAAACUUCCGGACCUGGAGGAACAAAUUAAAGACUCUGACGUAGACGGUGCUGGGAAGAAGGACAGCAAGCCAGACGAGGUCUCCUCCACGACCAAGGAAUCGCGGAAAGAUGAGAAGACGGGCAAAGAGGGAAAAGAAGGCAAAAGUGAUAAACCGGAGAAAGGAGGCAAAGAAAGCAGUCACAAGGAGCACAAGGAGGAUAAGAAAGACAAGAAGGAUAAAGACAAGGAUAAAGACAAACGACCAAUUGACAAGGACGGGCAGUUAGAUAAGGACCAGCCUUCCCCUAUCAUACCUGAUACACCCCAGGUAGCGGUCUUUGUCAGCUACCAGCAUCCACCCAAAGUGCCUAUCCGAAUAUCUGUCCUGGGAGAAAUGGCCGACGCAUCGGAGCGUCUCAGACAAGCCGGUCUGUCCCACGUCAAUCCUCACCCCUUACUCAUCACCCAGACCCGAUCCUGCCCCCUGGUGGCUCCCCCACCACCCCCUAAGAUCCCGGCAUGGAAGAUGAUCAGACCCAAGAAGAAGAAAGUGGCACCCACGGACGAAGCAGCCGAGCAAGAGGUCAAGAAACCAGAACAGUUUGUCCAGCUGACCUCGCCCUACGUUAACUACAAAGUCAGCCCCAUACCCAUCCCAACCGAUAUCAAGCGUCCAAGGUCCUCCUUAUCCCGCGGCGGUUCUCGUACUGGUGGGGCCUCCUCCUCCAUGCUGGAGAUCCAUGAGGUUGAUGAGAACGCUCCGGAGAAGUCCGAAGAGGAAGAAGCAAAGGCCGAGGAGGAACGCAAGGCUGCCAUGGAGCAGAAGAGACUGCAAGAGAUGAGCAUGAAGUCAGAGACUAGAGAAAGUCUCUUCUCUGAGAAACCACCUGAUGUUAUAUCACCGGUGCCCACCUCGUGUGCCUCGCCAACCAAUCGCCGCAAGUCAUCAGCUGUCGUCAAGCGUGCCGACAACAAGAGCCCCAAAGUUGAAAAUGACAAGGACAAGGAGAAGAGUGCUAGCCCAACUCGCAAGAAGUCGGCCCGUAAGGUAAUCAAAGGUGCCGAUAAGACUCCAGCCAAGGCUGAGAUGAAGGUGGUUGUCAAGGAAACCAAGGUGGAAACCAAGGAGAAAGACUCAUCGGACAAAUCAGAGAUCGGUUCCCUGAAGCCAGGUGAUGAGAUGACUGACACCCUAUCAGUGGUGACUGGGGCAGGGGAGGGGCUAGGCUCAACGAUGGAUGGGGAGGCAGGAACGGCCGAACCACCCAAGGAGGAGGUCAAGGUUGAGAAGAUGGUGCCCAAGGAUAUCUGGAUGGACUUUGAAGACUUCUGCAAAUGCUUCAAGACUCUGUACAUCUUCCACAAGCCAGCUACCUACAUGUGCAACCACAGAGUAUCAGAUCUCAAGAAACUGGAAAAAUAUCUCAAAAAUGCCCAGCUUGAGGUUGCACCAUUGACUAAUAUGCUACCCACCUAUUCCAGUCGGCGGAGUGACGUAUCUCAGGGUGUGCAGCCCACAGGCAGCAAGAAGUCUGCGGCCCCCGGUGGACCUAACCCCAGCGCCUCCAUGACGUCACAGACCCCGGCUAGGAUCCCCUUCAGCCCGUCGCCACAACACCACGAAAAAGACAAGACUCCUUUGGAUGACCGAGCCCCGCACUAUUUCUUCGUGGAUAACUUGGAGACCACGGAGAUCAUCGUGAGUUUCUCCUCGCUGUCUCGGUGGCUGGAACCCCCACUGGAGCCCCCCAAGACCUCCCACAGCUCCACCAGAGAGAAGGACAAACACAAGGAUGCUGAAUCAGUGGCUGGAUCCAGCAGCGUAGCGGACGGAGUCGCCCUGACAAAGGAACCCCCCACCGCCCCUACCAUCACCCCCAAUACUCCAGGCCUCCUGGUGGCCGAGCCUUAUUCCUGGAAGAGCCUGAUCGUAGGCCAGCCAAUCCUACGCAUCCGUACCACCUCCACCAAGGCCGCGGCCCUCACCUUACCCCCCGGCCGACACGUGUUACGGUUCACCAUGAGCGCCCCCUUGGGUUACCAUGUGCACCUGUGCUCGACUGUACCAUUCGUGUAUGGGGAGGAGGAAACGGUCAUGACGCACCUGGUCAAGGAGAGUUGUCGUUUUGUAGACCAUGCCAGCCAAUUAAUGCGAGCCAUCGGUAACGUCAUCCAGCAAGUGGACAACGCAGAAACCCUCAAGGAAGCCAUGACGACCAUGAACAACAUCCACUGCCCUGUCAGGAAAAACAGGGAGCCCGUCCUACACAACUUUGAUGUUUUUGGGGAGUCUCUCUUCCUGACCCUUCGUAAGGCCUUCGGGGAGAACUUCACCCCCGAGAUUGCCUACGCCUGGAAGGUCUUCACCUUGGACGUCACUUCCAAGACGGUGUCCGGCAUCAACUACGCUGGCAGCAGACCAGGAGGCACAGCGUUGGCUCCAGAAAGCAGGCCAGAUGAAAUUGCCGCACACGAAUCUACAGCUACGGCCGCCUCCAGAAAGUCCGCCAAACUCAAGAAACGUGAAGUGCCUGACACAUGGCAGAACAGAGAGCCUUCUGAGGACGAGAUGGACGCAGUCACUACCAUCUCUAAACACUGGAGGAGUUACUUCAUCCGCAAGAUAAGAGCUUCAAGAACACCAGGAUCUGAGGAGAACCUACAGGCCAAGGAACAGCUCUUGAAAGUCUGGUCAACCCUAGAGGCCAACUUUGAACAACACUCAUUACAUCUUUUCAGGACUAUGUUCAAGAUAGAUCCUGAUAUGAUGCCAGAUUUCCCCUUCUAUCAGGAUGAAUGGAACCGCAUCUCCUAUGCGGAUUUCCAGGGCACCUACCAAGAACAACCUGUCAACUCGUGGUUUGUCGUCUUCAGGGAUGUGUUCUAUGUACAGGAACCCAUGUUGGUUGUCCCCAAGCUCUACGUGUCCAUUCCAACCUGCAUGCUGCGAGUAAUCGAUAACGAUACAGGUGAAGAGAUUCCAAGGGUCUUCCAGCGUGUUGCUCCAUACGAAUACAAACGCAAUAAGAGAGGCUACACGUUUGUUGCCGAGGCGCGUACCAUCGACCUUCCCUUACCCAGCGGCAAGUGGAGGAUGCGUCUGAUUGGCUCGUCAAGCCCGCUGCCUCAGCCCAGCAGGGAUCAUCCUAAUAGUAACUUCACCGUCCGUGAGAUCAGGGAUUACUACAUCCCUAACAAAGAGGACAUUAUCAUGAGGUACGUCGUCAAGCCCCAAGAGGACCACGUCGCCAGUGUCCAGUUCAGCACCUCCAAGCCGGACGUCUACGUCAAUCUACAAGUCUUGGACCAUGAGGAGGUGAUGGCAACCACAACGGGGAAAGGACACGCCGUCAUUCCUGCCUUCACCUUCCAUCGGGAUAAAGAGCCGGGGGAGGAGGAGAGACGGUCGGGAAGCAGAGUGUCUGUACUGGGCCGGGGAGCCAAGCCCCACCACGGUAGUUCGUCAAGCUUGAACUCUGCCAGGAAACGCCAGCCCUCGGCCAGCAGUCACGAUGGAAGAGCCUCGAGAGCUAGCAAGGGAUCUACAGAUAGAUUUGAGGAAGGAGGCGACGACACAGAAUUCAGGCCUCAUAAGUACAUCAUCCAGGCUAAGGUCCUGCGUAAGAGUUGGCCUUUGUCUGAGAGCAGCUGGGCGUUUGUGCAGGUGCUGAAAGAUCUGGAAAAGAACGAUCUGAAAGCCAAUAAGGAGCGGCCGGCCUCACCGGGCAAGGAGGGGGGCAAAGGACCCACCACCAAAGGAGAGAAGAAAGGUAAAGGAAAGGACAAAGGGAAAGACAAGGAUAAAGACAAAGACAAGGAUAAAGGCAACACAUCUAGACCGCCGUCCCAGCAGUUUGACUUCACCAAGCCUAACUGGACGCUACGGGUUGUGCUGGAUCAAACACCAACGGAGGAGGUUGAGAUCAAGCGGGACACGGAGCGUCAAGACGAGAUCCGUGCCAUGAAGCAGGCCUGGGAGGCAGCAGAGCCAGGCAGGGCGGCCAAGGCACAGGCUGCUAGGGAGAAAUUCCUCAAGGAACAUCUCAUCAAGGUGGAGACGGAGGAAGAUGGAGAGGAGAAGACAGAACAAGAGACUGAAGUCGGGCCGCCGCAGACUCCAGCCUCAGAGAUCGAGCAUCUACCAUCAGAGGCUGUUCUAUCAAACGAACCCCCUCCCCCACCCCCACCCAAAGAAAUCCUGCGAACGAUAGACCUCACACCUUACAUUAGACCAGUCAACUUCACUGGUGAGCCGCGUCUCAAGGACGAAGCAGAGAUUGAGAGACAGACACAGGUCAAGCAGGAGGAGGUCAGACGCUAUCGAGCCUUCCGGGAAUCCGUCAUGGAGGCUAGGGAAGAAGAUAAACGAGAGAGGAACUUGACCAAGGAACGACAGCUACAGAAAUGCACCGAAUUACAGACAUCCUUGGACGAGCGCAGACUGCAGGUGAACGAGCCACGGGAGGCUUUCCGUCAGAAGUUCCUGGAGGCUGAGAGGAAACGUCUUGAGGAGAUUGCCGCGGCCGAGGCGGCGCUGAAAGCCGAGCAGGAGAGGAAGAGGUCGCCGUCGCCCAAGGGACGGAAGAGCCCUAAAGGGAAGAAGAGUCCCAAUAAGAAGGGAGGGAAAAGUGCUAAAGGAAAGAAGAAAUAAACUUAGUGAAGUUUUUGAGAAGCUGGAAAGAUCAAGAUUGAUGCACACUGGCUGUUUUCCUGGUCAACCUCUGGAUCUUUUUUUCUUCAAAGCAUUAACUUUUUCCGUUCUUUAUAAUGUACUUUUAAGAUUCAUGGUUUUGUAAGCAAUCUUUUGAAAUUCAAAUGAAUUGAUAUGAAUUUUAUAUUUGAAAUGUUGUUGGGGAUUUCAUUGGUAUUCCAAAAUAAUUUGUUACGAGAAAGUGUGUGAAUCCAUUCCGUCCACUAAUUUGGUUUCUCCAAAUACACAUUGAGAUUCUUGUCAAAAACACAUUGAGAUUCUUGUCAAAACACAUUGAGAUUCUUGUGUUAGAAAGUCCAUUAAGUCUGAAAUCGCAAAGUUGAUUGUCACAAAAGGCAGAAGUUAUGUAAAAGGUGUUCACUUUAUGCUAAAAACCCCCACUCCUAUGGACGUGGUAGAGUCUAUCUGACUAUGGUUCCCCCUCUAGGAUAAUGUGGAUUGGUCCACAAAGUCACUGGUACUACACUGUUCAAGUUUCACUUAAUUCUCAUUCAAAUGAGCUCCACCUAGUUCCCUUAAUCCCUAGUUUGUGCCAGAUAUGUGGGAUUUGUGUAAUCCCUUCAUAAAGAAUAUAGGUUCUGGACUCGGCUAAUUCAAAACCUUCAGAGGUUUGGAAUUUUAUGUUGAUUUCUCGGUGGGUUUGGCCAUAGUUGACAUGCAUUUGAAGGGAGUGGUUCUGCAAAUGGAAAUUUUGGUCAUCCGUUUGUUGCGCAGAGUUACAAGUCAGUACAGUUACCAAAAGUAAGUAAGAUUUUUCUUUGCCGACCUCUUGGAAUAAAGAGGAAAUAGUUCAUGAAAUUCAGGUCGUGGAUUUUAAUUGUAAUAUACCAUCCAAGACAUUGUACAAAGUGUUUAUGAGAUUUUGUAUAUAUUCCGUCCAUGUUGUGUAUUUCUAUUUUCAAGGCAAUAUGUUAACAUUUUCAUCAAAUUUCAGAAGGGUAAAUUUUGAUUCUUGUUUUCUAUAAGCCUUAAGAUUUCUAUUUUAUGUUGUUGGGUUUCUGACUUAAGCAUUAAUUUAUGUCACUAUAAAUUUUAGCACCGUUGAAGUGCAAGUUCAACUGUAUAGUGGGGUUUUAAAACAAAACCUGUACAUUUUACACCUGGUUUGUGUGAAUAAAAUACAAUUGAAUAUCGGAAA